AUGUCUUCGAUGCGUUCCCUCUUGACGGCGGCUCUGCUGUCUGUCAGCCACUUGGCUGCGGCCCAGACUAUCGUCGUCGACGGUCAAGAAGUUGCCGCCGACGCCUCGACUGUUGCCCCGGCCGCUGAGGUUGCUGACGUCUCCAUCGCCAGCACCUCUGCCGGCCUUUCUGAAGGGGAAAAGCUUCAGCUCACCGAUGCCGUCCUUGCCAACCUCACAGCGCUCCAGCUGUCCAACAUCUCCCUGUUUGGCUUCGAGGAUGGAUCUUCGGUCAAAAAGAGAUCGCUCUUUGGCCGAUGCAAGACCUAUCCCGGAGACCUCCUGUACCCGAUCGGCCUUGUCUGGGACAUCUUCAAUCUCCUUCUGGGAGGUGCUCUCACCAAAACCAUCCCCGAGGCCUCUGUCUGCUACGAUGAUUUCGGCAACUACGAUCAGGCAAAGUGCGACUUCUUGACCGCCAACUGGGUCAACGGAUCAUACUACCACACCGAGGACCCCACGGCCAUUAACGCCGUCCUCUUUGAGGGCCUCAACUGCAUGCCCCCUACCAUCAAUGUCGGCGAGACCAACUGCAAGGUCGGCGGCCUGCCUUCCUACGUUGUCGAGGCCACCACCGUUGCCCACGUCCAGCUGGCCGUCAACUUUGCACGCAACCUCAACCUCCGCCUCGUCGUCAAGAACACUGGCCAUGACUUUGGCGCAAAAUCUACCGGCUACGGUGCCCUAUCCAUCUGGACACAUAAGUUCAAGAACAUUGACUUUUACGAGAGCUACCAGCAGGACUCGUACAGCGGUCCUGCUUUCAAGCUCGGCGCCGGCGUCCAGGCGUACGAGAUCUACGAGGCUGCCAACAAGUACGGUGUCACCGCUGUCGGCGGAGAGGGACAGACCGUGGGUGUCAUGGGCGGUUACGUCCAGGGCGGCGGGCACAGCCCCAUGUCCGGUCUGUACGGCAUGGCGGCGGACAAUGUCCUCUCCUUCGAAGUCGUCACUGCCGACGGCCGCUUCGUGACAGCCAGCGAAUCCCAGAACUCUGACCUAUUCUGGGCCAUCCGCGGUGGUGGCGGCUCCACGUACGGCGUUGUCACCUCUGCCGUCGUCAAGGCACAGCCCAAGAUGAACAUCACUACCAUGACCUUUGCCUUCUCCAGCGGUGACAACUUGACCACCGACCAGUUCUGGACCGCGCUGCGCUUCUACUUUGACGGCUUUGUCGAGUACGCUGUCGACAACGCCAACUACGGAUACUUCCGCAUCCAGAACCUCGGCACCUCCUUCGCCUUCGACAUGGGCCCUUGGUGGGCACCCAACAUGACAAAGACCGAGCUCGCUGCUCUCGCGGCUCCCCUCUUUGCCAAGUGGGCCGCGAUAGGCCUCGUCGUCGAGCCCGUUUACACCGAGUACGACAACUUCUACUCGGCCUGGCAAAACUCGUUCCCGCUGGAGCCCUGGGGAUCCAACGCCAUCCGCCAAGCCAGCCGUCUCUUCCCCAGAGCCAACUGGGAAGACGAGACCAAGCUCAACGCCACCUUUGAGGCCAUCAAGUCCGUCUCCGAGGAGGGCGGCUACAUCGUGGCCUUCAACAUGAUGGCGGCGCCCAAGACGGGGUACCCCGACAACGCCGUCAACCCGGCGUGGCGCGAGGCCGUCAUGCACUGCAUCACCGCCGCCCUCUGGGACCCGACCGCCAACGAUACCGUCAUCAAGACGGCCAGCGACAAGCUCACGUUCGACUGGAUGCAGCGCUGGCGCGACGUCUCCCCCGGCGCGGGCGCGUACAUGUCCGAGUCGGACUACAUCGAGCCCGACUUCACCCAGGCUUUUUGGGGUACAAAGUACGCAAAAGCCCUCGAGCUUAAGAAGAAGUAUGACCCCAACGAUGUCUUUUACGCGCAGAACGGCGUUGGGUCUGAGAGCUGGGAGAUGUCGGAGAUGAUUAUGGGCAACUUGCCUUCGCAGAACAGCAAGUUGUGCCGCAAGCAGUAG